UCAUUCAUUUGUAAUCGUUCCUCUCUCAUUUUAUGAAAUCGAUUGAACUCUUAAACAUUAUUAUUGUAACUCAGAAAUGUGUGUUUAAAUGUAUCUUUUGCAAUAAAUAAUUCUUAUGUGCGUAUAGUAUAUUAUAAUUAUCCAUCAUGUCGGCUGAUAACAUUGAUAAAUUGUACGAAAAUUACGGCAUUUUAGCUGACGCUAAGGAUGACAUUUCGAAGCACGAAAAGGAAUAUUUGGAAAUAUUGGCAGCUGUAAAAGGAUCAGAUAAAGAGAAGAGAUUGGCUUCGCAAUUCAUAGCAAAAUUUUUUAGCAAUUUUCCUAACCUUGCUGAACAAGCCAUUGAAGCUCAAUUUGAUCUAUGCGAGGAUGAUGAUGUCGCCACCCGAAAACAAGCUAUCAAAGACUUGCCGUUACUUUGUAAGGAUAAUAAGGAACACACUCAAAGAAUUGCUGAUAUUUUAGCCCAACUACUGCAGUCAGAUGAUGCCACUGAAAUUAAUGUGGUUACAAAUUCAUUGGUGGCUAUUAUUAAAGGUGAUCCCAAAGGGUCAUUAGUGGGUCUGUUUUCUCAAAUUCAUCAGAGUACGGACAGUGAAGUGACCAAUGAAAUAGUGAGGGAAAGAUGCAUUAAGUUUUUGGCAACAAAAGUGAAACAGUUGGGACGGGAGAUUAUUAAUAAAGAAGCUGAAGAUUUGAUUAUUGCAGAGUGCAAGAAAAUAUUAGAAGAUGUAGUUGCAGAAGAAUUUGAACACAUCAUGGAGUUGUUGACAUGGUCUCGACUUGGAAAAACCCCUGCAGGGAAGAAGGAACUAGUACAACUUGUGGCUGCUCUUGCUUUUUCUCCAGAUGAUUGGCAUCCUGAGGAUCCAGAGAAUGUUGAUAGAAUUAUACAGUGUACACAGCAUGCUCUACCAUUAUUCUCCACACAAGUGGAUUCUACACAAUUUGUCGACUUCUUUUGCAAACAUGUAUUACCUAGCUGGAAAGAAAUAACUUCAGCAGAUGGUGCUUCUGAUAUUAAAAUGGAACUUCUGAAAAUAUUUGCUGAAAUAACAGAGUAUUGUGGAGAAAUAGAAAAUGUGCAGGCAAAAGUUAAUGCUGUCUAUGAUCUACUAAUGAAUUAUUUACCUGAAGCUCCUGUGGAAAAUGAAACUAACUCUGAAAAUAAGGAAAAGUCUGAUAAUACCACUGAAGACACCAAAACUCUUCCGUCACUCCAAUUUUCCCAUGUGGAAUGUGCUUUAUUUGCUCUUCACUCCUUGUGCCGUAAAGCACCAGAUGCUAUUGCCACUGAUGCCACAAGAUUGAAAGAUUUACGCCUGCGCCUGCAGUACACGGCACGACUCACGCAAGGUUAUAUAAAAAAACUUAAGGAAGUUACACAGGGUAAAAAAGCAGACGAUGCUAACUCAGAAGAAAACAAGUUGAAGAUUGCAGCUUUGAAGACAACCUCCAACAUAAAUACUCUCAUUCGGGAUAUAUUUCGCACACCACCAAGUUUCAAAAGCAAAGUACAGCUUUCAUUUCAAUCAGUUAAAAAGACAGAUAGAGAGGAGAAACUCGAGAAAUCAGAGGAAAAGGAUAAACACUCAUCAGCUCACCAAAAGAGACAUCGGCCAAUUACAUUUGACAAUGGAGAUUCCGAAGAAUCUCCUGAGAAACGUUCACGCAGUGGUGAUAGAAACCUAAAAAUGUACACACCACCUUCUGGAAAAUAUAGUUCCAGAUUAAACAACGCUGGCAGAUUCUCCGGACCCAGCUCUGGGAGGGGUCGAAGGGGUGGUUAUGGUAGACGCGACUUCAGAAACAGUGGUGCACCAUUUAGACGGCGGAGCAACUACUAAAUAACAUUUCAUUAUAGCACUAUUUAUAAUUAGACAUUUUGAACAGAAUGUUCCAAUUAAAAUAUCGUGAAAUGAUAUAAUGAAGAAUUGAAAGAUACUUACACAUUGGUGCAUGAUACUACUGGGCAUGACAUUCAACCUAUAGAUUAAUAUAUUGCACUACUGUAGUAGAUAAAGACCCAGUACUUUUUAUGCAGUGUUGUUGUAUUUGACCAGGUUAUUUCAUUUCGUACUUUUUGCUGCAUUCGUUAUUGGAUAUGUAAUAAAUUUGGCUUAGAAUUCUCGUCAGACGUCAAACAUAAUUUAAAAAGCAGUACAUGAACAAAUGGGCUCUUAACAUCCUACUUUUCAGAUACUUUGCAGUUUACAUAGUAAGUAUACUGUCAAUUUUAUUUUAUUUAUAGUAAUCCCUUUACCUGGGAAAAAAAGGCAGACAUUGUCCAUCAGUUCUCUACAAUUGUUCAUUUUUGUAAGUAUACUCCUUGCAAUUAAAAUUAAGAACAUCACAAUUUGAGCAUCAUCUGUAACUUCAUGUAAGUAUAUAUUUGUAAAAUUAACCAAUUAUAGGAUUAUAACAGACAGGAGUAGAAAAUCCAGCACCUUAUAAUAAAGUAAGUAAUUGAAUUAGAAAGUUGUUUUGUCACUAGUUCUUGUUUCAGAUCAUAGUUGUUGUGCCUUUUCGAGGUGAGGGCAACAUAUGUGGAAUACAUAACACAAGGACUGAAGUUUUACUUCAUUAAUAAAUGAUUUUCAUGAAAAUAUUU